AUGUUGCGUGAAAGAAGUCCGGGAAGGGUUGACGAUGAAGGACCGACGGCGUCUACUGGGCUUGGGACGUCAGGCCCGGGCAGACCGUCAACAGGCUACGCAAGCAUGGGCACGGACUCAGAGAAGUCGUCACCGAAUGGUGACGGCAAAAACACAGCGGAAUCUUCACCGUCCAGGCGCCAGAAGCAAACACACACUGCCAAAUCGUUGUUUUUCGACCACUUACAGGCCACAGUAACUUACUGCAGCGUGUUCUGGAGUUUUGGGAUGUGUGUGGCUCUUCUUGGGCCGACUCUGCUGGACUUGGGUUGCCAAACUGGGAGCAGUGUCGCCAGUAUGAGUUUUGCUUUUCUAUCACAGUCUCUGAGCACCUUGAUCGGUUCAAUGAUUGGGGGGUUGCUGUCUGACAGGUUCAGUCCGGACCCUUUGCUCUUCGUCUCCACCAUCAUGAUAGCCGUUACCAUAGCGAUGAUUCCUUUGAGUAAGCAUCUUUAUGUCCUCAUCAUUGACAUGGCCAUCAUGGGAAUCUUCAUGGGUAUCAUUGACACUGUCGCUAAUGUAUCGCUCCUCAAGAUAUACGGCAAGCUUGUCUCACCAUUCCUACAGGCACUCCAUUUCUGCUACGGCUUCGGAGCUUUCAUCAGUCCUAUUGUAGCCGAGCCUUUUCUACUUAACGAAGACUGUUCUCCAUUCAUUGACAACACCACAACGACUAACGAUCCGGUUGUGCCCAUCCAGGCUCGGUCCCUAGACGCUACUGAACUCCCCUCGGUGUCCAUUGCGACCCUGGAAGAGGCCCAGGAUAACACCAGAGUCAGAUUUGCAUUCUGGAUCAUGGCUGCCAUUCAGAUUCCGAUAAUUAUGAUGGUAUUUUUACUCUUGAUGAGACGGAAGUGUCUGGAUCCGCUACUGGGCCGUGAUCCCAGCAUGGCAAACCUGGACAGGUCCAUGUACGAGGAUCUAGAUAGAGAAGCAGAUGAGGUUGGGACUAAAGCCAAAGAAGGAGGGACUACCAGGGCGAGUCUAUGCUGCGCAUCCACUCAUUCUAAAGUCAUCUCCGUCACAUUCCUCUCCUCAUUACUCCUCUUCCUUUAUGAUGGACUUCAGGCAGCUUAUGGAGGUUUCAUCUUUGCCUACGCCAUGAAGAAUCAAGCCAUUGAGCUAUCGGCUACGGACAGUGCGUAUAUCACGUCUGUCUACUGGGGGAGCUUUGCCCUGGGCAGGCUAGUGUCCAUCCCUGUAUCGACUAAGCUUAGCCCAGGAGCUAUGCUUAUGUGUAAUCUGCUUGGGUGUUUCGGUGCUCUGACUCUCCUCUUGUGUAUGCGUGAUAACUAUGUAGUCGUCUACAUCGCGUCCAGCAUCUUCGGUCUAUCCUUGAGCAGUGUCUACCCCACAGUCAUCGCUCUUGCUGAACAGUACAUUCACAUGUCAGGAUUUGUAACUAGCUGUGUGGUGAUUGGAGCAGCCACUGGGGAGAUGGCAUUUCCUGUCUUAGUAGGAAGGGUUUUCUUCCCUAUACAGCCUUACAUCUUCCUUAUAUUCUGUGAGAUAGUUAGUGUCAUCGGCAUCAUUGUUCUCAUCGUGCUGUUUCUCUUCGGCUAUUUUCCCAAGACACUUCCAGCUGUGGAGAAAGCCCAGAAUGCCUACAUGUGGUGUCGUGCUUGCUGCAUCACCAGCAAAUCCCAAGGUCUGAUGGCCGACCAUUCCAUGUUCUUCACCAGCCUGGCAGACACUCAAAAAGCCUACACGGUGGUUGGCUCGCCGGAGCAGAUCCCAUUGGACAACGUUCCCGUCUCCACGGCAACGGUUGCCGAGGAGAGCAAGAAGGAAACAUGAUGACGGAUGUGGUGAUGUUCCCAUGGCGAUGUGGAAGAGAUCAUAUUUUGUGUACCCAGAGGUUUAAGCCUUUCUGUGUAAUCCGUGGUAGAUUUGAAUUCAAUUAUAAUAUGUAUCUUGGGUAAGCUUAUAUCCACCUUAAAAUAUAAAUGUCAAUAUAAAAGGGGCAAGCGUGUAAUUUGUCUUGUUUUAUUCAGGAGUUGCUCCUGAUGUUGAGAUAAUUCAAUAUACCUUUAUCAUGGUGCAGCCAUCUUCAUUUUUCCCCCAUUGAUAACAAUGUAACCAAACCGAGGCUGGAAAA